UAGCCAUAGGUGAUCGCUCUCCAUCACGGUCAUCUACAUAGUCCGUCCGCUGCCGACAAGAACUUAGUCUGAAACCUCGAUGACGGGCCUGCGGCAUGAUAAGCACUGAGCUUACAGGUACACGCUUUACAAUACAUACAUACAAGGUCUUCGCAUGCGCAUUCUGCCAGUGCCUGCAGCGCGUGCAAUUCUGUGGCGUGCCAGAAGGGGCAGUUUUUUUGUGAAGGAGUACGUGGUGAGAGUUUAGGGACUCAAGUCAGCGAUCUCAAAAGACAGAAGGCCUGUCUAGAGUCAUCGAAGAAGGAAGCGGAGGAGGAGCGAGAACACGCACGAGAGGCCGCGAGGGAACAUAUAUUGCGCGGGUUCGAGAAGGACCAGCUUGGCCUGGCGGCGACAUCCAUCGUCUCGACAUCCUCUAGCGAGGCGGAAUCUUCGGAAGGUGUGUUUUAUACCUUCUUAUCGUCUGACUGUCUCCCAUCCGUCCUGGACGUCAUACACAAUACAGAGUAUCGUGAUACAGCACGAGGAAUAAAACCCAAGUAUGAUUCCAACACGAGUGCAAUGGAGUGGCUCACUCGCGAGGCUGAGGAGGCGGCCCUCCGGCAGAUCGAGCACGAGCAAGCUGAGGCUCUGAAGAGCAAAUUGCCUGACGACUGGCUGCCGCUGCUCAUGCCGACGUACACUACUUCACUGUCCUACAAACGACAGAUCGCGGCGGAAACCCAGGACAUCUACUCGAAGUGAUGUAUAUGUAGCCUGAGGCCAAGCCCAAUCUUGAGCUCACGCAUGAAGGCCGGUAAAUUGCUGCUCGUGAGCGUGCUGGUCAGAGGCGGCUGACACCAAUAUGUUUCGGGGGACCAGUAUGCGGUAGGGGGUCGAGUGGAUAUGUGUGCACGAUGUGUUGCGAUCCGUGGCUCAAAGCGGUCUCUAGGUAUGACUAGGAUGUAUCUACACAAAACAAGGCACA